ACUAUACACCGAGUGUAACAUUGAUGGUACUGUUUCCGGUGAAAGCAUGGUAGAUUUGCCCGCCGGUUGGGAAGAAAAGAUCAGUCGCUCCUCGGGAAAGCCAUAUUACGUGAAUAGUUACACGAAGGAAAGUCAGUGGGACCUACCAACAACUCCUGCAGAAAUGAGUGAGAAAGUACAGUGUCUUCAUCUGCUGGUUAAACAUCGGGAUUCCCGACGACCCAUGAACUGGAAGAAUGAGGAGAUCACACGAUCUAAAGAAGAAGCAUUGGAACUCUUGGCAGGCUACAGAGAUCAGAUAGAAUCCGGAGCUGUGACAUUUGAAGAUCUUGCUAAGCAGCACAGUGACUGUAGCUCGGCCAAACGUGGGGGUGACCUUGGGCCCUUUUGUAGAGGUCAGAUGCAGAAACCUUUUGAAGAUGCUUCGUUUGCUCUGGAGGUCAAUGAACUGAGUGGGCCAGUAAUAACUGAUUCCGGCGUUCACAUCAUCAAGCGAAUUGCCUGAUCUGACAACUAUCAUCUUAUAGCAUCACUACAGCAAUUGUGGAUCUCCACGAUGUGUAUCUACUCCUUCACCGCUUUGAUGAAUUCUGCACUGAAAAUGCAGUGGGGGCUUUAAGGGCAUUACCACUUUAAUGAAUAAUCAGAAUUAUUAACGUGUCACUUCUGUAGCAGAACAUUCAAUUGCAGGCUUUUGGAUUUCACAGAAACUAUCAGUUUCCAGUACAUUGUCGAUAAAAUCUCAGAACCGAAAUUUUCUUUUCCAUGAUUAUUAUAUCGAGUACGACUAUUCAACGAAAAUAAUAAAAACAGUUUCUGAUGGGUUCCCAUGAUCACAAGGAAGGGAAGCAAAGAAAAGUGUUUCCCAUGAAAUUUGAAAUCCUAUGGCCUGUAGUUGGGUGUAUUCUGUAAAUUUCCAUUACUCAGUUGUAAUUUUCAGGGAUGGGGUGCAGAUUAACACUAAUUUUAUGAAGCUUUUUGUAGUGUUAUUCAUGCACACAAAAAAAGGCACUGGCAAAGCUGUUGGUUAUUAAAGGCAAGGCUCAAUGUUGACAGAAAGCAAAUGCCACUUAAAAUGCACAAUAUGCUUUUCUGAUAAUCAUCUUAGUUGGUGAGAUAUUGUGUCUUGGUCAAAUGUGCAUUUCUGAGGAAGACCACUAUCAGGGGUGGUGCAGGCAGUCCGGCCAUGGCCAUACCACUUUUUUCUUCUUUUUUUUUGAAUAUAUUCCUUGUAUCUUUGAAAAUGUCCUUCACAGUUGAAUUUGAAAAGAGUGUCUCACAACCAUGAACCGUACCACGGUCUUUUUCAUUGUGCCACCCCUGACUAUUUAUAUAAUCUUUGCUAGUGUACUAAGGAAUAUUGUAUCUGAUCUUAGAAAAAUCCUGCUUUUGCUCCUGUAAAAUGUGUACAUUGUUAGACUUGAGUAUUUCAAGUACAGUGAAACCCUCAAAACUGGACCAUCUGUAAACUGGAAUUCCAUCAAAACCGGAUGUUUUACUCGGUACUUUUUUAAAUAUUAGUACAGAACAUAAUCUCUCUAAGCUAGAUAUCACUUAAAAGUUGACUUGUUACUUGGCCCUGUGGGUGUCCAGUUUAGAGGGGUUUCAUUGUAAAGCUGGGCGGUAUACCGUAUAUCCCAAUCAGUAUCAGUAUCAUGUCAGUACCGAUUUACCGUACCGAGCAAAUUUCAAAAUACCAAAAAAAAAUUCUUGAAAAAUGUUUCCCGCCAUUUAGUAAAGCACUAACAAUAUAUAUCUGACGAAUGGAAAAUGGGUUGGGCAUAAAUCGGACGAGAGCCUUGUUUAUGGAAUUUAAUUUUAUUUAGAUGAAAUUAGCAGGUGAGCCUUAGCUCAGGCAUGCAUUUAAAGCUAGCUGAGUAUACCAAAAAUACGGCUUGAUAUUGGUAUUGUGUCAAUACCGAAUACCGUACCGAUACCAAGGUAUAUCACCCAAAAAUAUAUACCAAACCUCAAAUUUCAAUACGGCCCAGCUCUAUUUUAGUGUAAAGUUUAUUUACAUUAACACUUAAGUUUCAUGUUACUAUCAUAUUCAAUUAAUGAUCAUGAUGAAAUAGAACAAAGGUAAAACUAAAUAGUUUAUAAUUACAAUUUUUCAAAAUCGAAAUAUACAACCAUAUCUGUAUCAAGUUGGUGAAGGAGAUUUUACAAACAUCUAUAAGUCAAUUUCAGUUGUUGAUUGUCAAUGUACCUAUGUCUAUAAACAUCACUUCAAAGAGAUUUUUCAUACCAUAUCAAUUUAUACCAUUUUAUAAUAUGUAGUAAAUUGUUAAUCAUGUAUAUGGGUCAAAGACAUAUUUCGUAUGUGUAGUAAAUUGUUUUGUUAUUCAUGUCAUAGAUUAGAUGCAUGCAGGUGGUGGGUUAUCCAUUAGUGUUAAAACGUAUAAUUUACCAGUGGCUGCAGAUGUGGAGAACAAAAACUGAGUCACUUAAAGUCAAAUGAGUAGUUUGUCUAAAUAUUCUUGUCUGUUUUUUUGUUUUGUUUUUUUUGUUCACUGGCAGGGCUUCUAGAUUAUGGUAGCCCCACUCCCAUGGCCAGUGAUAUUCAAUGUUGGGCUAGUAAACAACUACUAUUGCCAUGCCCGACGGCUAGUGAAUUUUUUUUUUGGUCAAAUGUUGCAGUUGAAAUCUAAUUUUGUAAAUAUGAAUAGCCUGCCCCAACCCCACCUCCUGCCCCCAAUGUUAGUGUUUUUAAGCUGUAUCUCCGUCUUUAGGUGACAUAUCUGAUUAUUACUAUUAUUAAGUCAACUUUUAUUAACUUAAAGAAAAGUAGGGCCAGUGAAUUUUUAAUCGUGCCUAGUAACUUUUUUAAAUCACUGAUCCAAUGGCUAGUGGAUUUUAUAAAAAUUAUAGAAGCUCUGCACUGGGUUAUCCACUUCUAUAUAUUUUGAGGGUUGGGGUGGGUUGACAUAAAAACGUUACAUAUAUUGCUAUGACAUAACAAGGUUUCUGUCAUAGGGUAUGAAGGGUAAAAUUACAUACUCUAUCUUGGAAAUUAAUGGAUACAUUUUUAUAAUUUUUAGAAAGAUUGUAUUAAACGAACUGCUGUUAAAAAUUUGUCAAUUUAAAAAAGAUUUCAAACUAAUAACCCCCUAAUAGGGGUACUUUUGAUCUGCUUUGUUUUUAUUACAUACCCUGAAAUUAUUUACUGGCAGAAAGCCUGCAUAAAUAACCAUGGAAACAACUAUGUUCUUGUAUAAAUGUUUUGUAAUAGUAAAAUGACAUUCAGACUUAUAUCUAGGUUUGUUUUGUGUUGUUUUGUUUUUGUGGAAAGAGGUGUUUGAAUAAUAUUUUAUUGUUAUAUUUUAUAUGUUUUGACAUACGCAAAAAAAGGGGGAGUGCUUCCCUCGAUGGCACGCCUUUUUUCUCUUCCCCCCCCCCCCCCCGAUCCGCACCUGGUGUGUUAUAUUUUAUUUUCCCCCGAAAAAAAGGGGGAAUGCUUCCCUCAACGGUUUGCCGCCGCCCCCGCCCCCCCGAUCCGCACUUGAUGUUUAGUGUGAACUCCUGCCAUGAUAUAAAAUAUAUGAAAUCUGGUGGUGCAUAAAUGCAUUGCCAGAUAAUUUGUAACACUUCUGUAUUGUAUAUUUUUAGUACAAACUUUUGUGAGAGGAUUUUACAGUAAAACAAUUUUAUUUUUUGUGGUCUAAAUAAAUAUGCUCUCCUUU